AGGAGAGGUGACGCUCAGAACAGCGACCUCAGGCGCAUCGAGACGCGCAGAGAAGCCGCAGCUCAACUCUCCAGCAUGGCGCUAUCAAAUGUCCUCCAAACUCCUGCAGCUGGGUUCAAUUUCGACAACGCAGCGAGGAAUGCUGCAUUAGAGGGUCUUUUUGAUGGACACACACCUAAACCUAUGAAAACAGGCACCACAAUAGCAGGAAUGGUGUUCAAGGAUGGGGUGGUGCUGGGAGCAGACACAAGAGCGACCUCCAGUGAAGUGGUGGCCGACAAGAUGUGCGCCAAGAUCCACUACAUAGCUCCAAAUAUAUAUUGUUGUGGAGCAGGCACAGCUGCAGACACAGAGAAGACCACGGAUAUUCUGUCCUCCAACCUCACCAUCUUCUCUCUGAACAGCGGGAGGAACCCUCGUGUCAUCAUGGCCGUCAACAUACUACAGGAUAUGCUGUACAGGUAUCACGGACAGAUUGGUGCCAGUCUUAUACUGGGAGGAGUAGAUUGCACUGGGAACCACCUGUACACGGUGGGGCCGUAUGGGAGUGUGAACGAGGUGCCUUACCUUUCUAUGGGAUCUGGUGAUCUGGCUGCUCUUGGGAUUCUAGAGGACGGGUUCAAACCUGACAUGGAGCUGGAGAAGGCGAAGGAGCUGGUGCGUCUUGCCAUCCACGCGGGCAUCAUGAGUGACCUCGGCUCAGGCAACAACAUCGACAUCUGCGUCAUCACCAGACAAGGAGUGGACUACAUCAGACCCUACCAGGUGUCAGAGUACAAAGACAACAGGAAAAUGAAAUACAGGUAUGGUCCGGGCACCACAGCGAUCCUGACGGAGAAAGUAGUCCCCUUCAAGCUGGAGGUUGUGCAGGAGGCCGUGCAGCAGAUGGACACAGCCUGAGCCACGACGCACGCACACGACGUCAAUCCAUAUAAUCACCACAACAUUCACAUUAAUAAAUAGAAGUAGUGGGACAUCUCAGACAUUUGAUUGACAUUUUCAUCAUCGUUUUUUUACUCUGCUGCUCUUUGCUUCACUUUAAUGUGGAAGAGUUCAGAAAUACUGCAGUUCUACAGUAAGCAGUAACGUGUUUUUACAGUGUGGAAUAAUAAUAAUAAAAAAAUUGAAUACAA